CGGACCAAACCGUCAGUCAGCCGUGCUUCGUCGUAGGGAUGAGAUCGCAACGAGGAAUGACGUUGCACGUUUCGACAUUCGCGCGUCGACGGUGACACGAUAUAAAAACUACACGCGGCUCGCUUUACGUAUACAUUAGAUGUCACGAUCGUGUAUUCAGUUCCGUGGCGAGUAAUCGUGAAUCAAUUCGUUUGGCGGUACGAAAGGCGUGUUUCCCAGGCUGUGCAACUGUGCGGUGUUCUAUCCCCGUUUCUCCAUCUUCCGCAUUCCUCGCUUCGAUUGGAGUAUCUCUCUGUGCACGACGAGAGCGUGUAUCGACGGAGAAGACCAGUGGUACGCGCAGAACAGUUCGAUUGAAGAAGAGCCAACGGAACACCAGCUGAAAUCAUCUCGAUCCUGGACGAGGUAAAGCACGGAGAGAAAGAGACGGAGCGAAAUAGAGAAGAGCGGAACGAGUCAUCGACGAAUUUUCCUAGGGGUCGGCGGAUGAAGGCAAAGUGGACGGUGAACGCGGAACACCGGUUCUUUUACCACGCGCCUCGCCCUUGAUCCAGAGGACGGCCACGUGCACGGUGCGAGUCGACGAUAAUCGGUAUCACGGAGAAUCACGUUCAUUUCCCCACCAACUACGGCCACAUGACUUGACGAUCGCCCCACCUACCGCUGUUCGUCGUUGAGCGAAAGCGGCGACAGUGGAAGCAACGUGACCGACCGACGUGGGGAGGGCGAGCGCAUCACGACGACCACGACCACGACCACGACCACGACGAUCGACGACACCAACGACGAGGACGACGCGGAGGAAGAAGGAAGAAGAACGGCGGAGGAGUAAGUCAUCGGUUACUCGCAAGCGAGGAGGCUAUUUAACGAGUGACAUAGGCCGUUGGUGGUUCAGUUAGCCGCGCACGGUCAACCCAGGUGCGAGAGUCGUUCGUGCUCUUGCAUUUUGUUCUUUUUUUUUUUUUUCGUUACCUUUCCCCUCUCUCUUCCGUUGUUUCUUUUCCCUCUUAUCUGGUCCUUGUCUGCCUAUUAUUUUCGGGUGGGAAGGUCCGGUCCACCGUGUCCGGAUAAAGAUAGAUAGAUAGAUAGAUAGAUAGUUAGAUAGAUAUAGAUAGAUUAUAGAGAUAAGUGGGCCGUGUUGAUCGUGGCUGUGCUGGUGCCGUUGUUUGUUGUCGUUGUUCUUGUUAUCUUCGUUGCCUCCUCGGUUCGCCGGUAGAGAAGUAGCGGUUUUCAGUGUGGAUAGUGCGGAUAAUAGUGACGAGUGUGAAACUGGAGCCGCAAGUGGUAGCAGCAGUUGCAGUCGAGAGGCAGAGCUAUCAUGUGCCCGCGGAGGAUCUUCGGACUGGCCAUCGUCGCGCUGGUGACUUUUGGUGGACGAGUGGCAGCCUAUACGAAUCAGUGGGCAGUGCACAUCGAGGGGGGACCGGAUGUGGCCCAGCAGGUCGCGCGGGAGCAUGGAUUUCAAUAUCUCGAUAAGAUAGUGGAUGACUGGUACCACAUGGUGCACACGUCAGUGGUGAAGAGGUCAGCGGAACCGCAUUUCGGAGUGCAGGGGAGGCUAAUAGAAGACCGCAGAGUGCGUCGAGCUGAGCAACAACGGGUAAAAUCGAGAACGAAACGGGAUCUAAUUAUUAAACGCGGUCCGUCCAACCUGAGAACCGUUCUCAACGACGAGAUGUGGCCUCAGAUGUGGUACUUGAACAGGGGAAAGGGGUUAGAUAUGAACGUGCAGGAAGCUUGGGCUGAGGGAAUUACGGGGCGUGGAGUGGUGGUCACGAUUCUUGAUGACGGAUUGGAGAAGAAUCAUCCGGAUCUUUAUAAGAACUACGACCCACAAGCCAGCUACGAUGUCAAUAACCAUGAUGAAGAUCCCAUGCCACGAUACGACGUUCUAGACAGUAAUCGACAUGGCACCAGAUGCGCUGGUGAAGUGGCUGCAACUGCUAACAAUUCCUUGUGCGCGGUAGGAGUUGCAUUUGGAGCUGGCGUCGGUGGAGUGAGAAUGUUGGACGGAGAUGUAACAGAUGCCGUCGAAGCAAGGUCUCUGAGUCUAAAUCCUCAACACAUCGAUAUUUAUAGUGCCUCCUGGGGACCGGACGAUGAUGGAAAAACCGUCGAUGGUCCUGGCGAACUUGCCACUAGAGCUUUCAUUGAGGGAAUCACAAAGGGUCGCAACGGUAGAGGGUCGAUUUUCGUGUGGGCGUCAGGAAACGGGGGCAGGGAUCACGACAACUGCAACUGCGACGGUUAUACGAACAGCAUCUGGACGUUGUCCAUCAGCAGCGCGACGGAGAACGGCCAGGUGCCUUGGUACAGCGAGGCGUGCUCGUCCACCCUGGCGACGACCUACAGUUCCGGUUCAUCGGGGGAGAAACAAGUGGUGACCACUGACCUGCAUCAUCUUUGCACGACCAGCCACACGGGCACGUCUGCAUCGGCACCCUUGGCAGCCGGUAUAUGCGCCCUCGCCCUCGAGGCUAACAGAGACUUGACUUGGAGGGAUAUGCAACAUAUCGUCGUGAGAACUGCGAAACCUGCCAAUUUGAAGGCUAUGGAUUGGAUGACCAAUGGUGUUGGACGAAAUGUGAGCCAUAGUUUCGGUUAUGGCUUAAUGGACGCUGCUGCCAUGGUGCGGUUGGCCAGAAGAUGGCGAACAGUACCAGAACAACACAAAUGCGAGGUGUCAGCACCACACAUGGGCAGGCCAAUACCGCCAAAGAGCCAGCUAACUCUGGAAUUGAACGUCAAGGAGUGCAGCGGCGUUAAUUUUCUCGAGCACGUGCAAGCAAAGGUUUCAUUGAUGGCAUCGAGAAGAGGGGAUCUUCAGAUACAACUAACAUCUCCACAAGGAACAAAGAGUACCCUUCUUGCAAAAAGGCCACACGACGUCUCGAAGGCUGGUUUCAAUCAAUGGCCAUUUAUGUCGGUUCACACUUGGGGAGAAAGUCCACGCGGCAUAUGGAAACUUGAAAUUCACAAUGAGGGUCGAUACCAAGGUCGCGCCAUGCUUCACGAAUGGGCGUUGAUAUUUUACGGGACGUCAACGCUUCCCGAUCGAACGGAAUACGCGUUGUACAAUCCCGCCGGGAACAUACCAAGAAGACCAUUCGUUAAACCACGCGAGACAGUGUUCUCGAAGGCUCAGAACUCUCUCACGAGCUCGAAGAUCAAGCAGAGCCAACAAAAAUCGGAGAAGCCGGGUAGCCUCAGUCCACCUUACGUGGUGAACGCCCAGAUACAGUCGCAGAGGAAGAGCAAGGCGCGUGGCCAGCAUAAAAAUGGCAAAUCGGCCAAUAAACCCACCCCAAAGCCAACCGUGCAAACGUUGAGAGGGUUGACCGUGGCGAGAGGACCUAACGUCGCGGGAGAGGUUCGCCUGAUCACGUCCAGGCCGCGAGGAAGGAGCACACCCAGUCCUGUCACAACAACUGUCACCCAAACCAGUCCGCCCACCACUGUUCCAACCACCAAAGUGGCCAGUAGACAAAGAAUCGUGGACGUGGCGACUGCCUCGUCUCUUCAGAGGGGUUUGAUCCUCUUGGAACCAGCGAAACCUGCCAUCAACAACGUGCCAGCCAUUUUCCAACAGUAUCCCAAGAUUCAACAGCUCUAUCCAUUGUAUCCUGUCUAUGCCGGGGUUAGAGGAGCCGGACAGCAACACGCGACCAGGGCCAAGGGAUUGGAAUUGCUACAGGAUGAACAGUUCGAUUCGAAGAACUUGGAUAAGGACACAUCCCUCGACGAGUUCAAACUAGUCUUCUACGGCACGGAAACGUUGUUGGAAUUCGACGACGAGUUGGACAAGGACAAGCCGUUACCGCCCGUGAACCAGCAGGACGUGAGCCAGGACAACACGGCGAUAGGGGCCAGGCAAAACGUGAUGGUGGACACGGAGGGUGGGCCGUGGACAGGUAGCCAACAGGUAGAGCGCGUGUCCCAUCCGGAAGUACAAAGACCUACAACCGAGAACCAGACGAGCGGUUGCAGCGGGAUCGACACUGGAAAUGGCAGGUGCCUAGAGUGUAAGCUGAAUUGGUACUACCACGACGGAACCUGCGUGUACAAAUGUCCUAGAGGAACUUACGGCGUUUCUGACGAGUCGAAGGCAGUGUGCUCCAGCUGCCAUUACACCUGCCUAACUUGUUCAGGGCCUUCGAAUACCGAGUGCACCAGUUGCCACGAGGAUGCCGAGUUUUCAUCGAGCCUCGACGAGUCCGUGUGCAUCCUACGCGACCUCUCGUGGACCAUGCAGUCCACCCUCUGGUUCUACGGGAUGACCAUUUUGUUCUCGAUCAACGUCCUUCUUUUCGUCGUGAUAAUCGUGUACGUGGGUGUCAAGUGGUAUCUGAGAAAUAGAAAUUCGUACAGAUAUAGCAAAGUGUCUUCUUCGAGCAAUGGAGAUGCGCACAAGGACAGUUUGCAAAGUGUCUACAUCUCUGACAGUGAAUGAAGGAAAUGGACAUUGAGAAGAGACGAACGAGAAUUGAAUGGCUUGUGAAGAAGAGAAAGCAAUAAAAUUUGGAAAGUUAAACGAUCCAGAGAUAUUUGAAGUGAUUAUGUUUAUGGUGUAAUUGAAUAAUUUAAUUGUACGUGAAGUUGAUAAGCGUUUAUUAUAUUUUGAAACGAUGAUUCGAGGAGGAUUCCGUCCUUCCAGUUUGGCACAUUCCAAUUCAUGUGUGUUACGUAAGGAGUUGUUAAUGAUCUCCCAGUGAAUAUCGUAGAUGUGAGAAUGCAUUUACGUUGUGAUUUUACAAGAUUAUAUGCAAAGUAUUUAAAGAAAAUUUCAAGAGCUUUUAGUACUCGUGGGAGAUAAAAAGUAGUUUAAGUUUUGAAAUCAAUUGAUUUUUUUUUUUUUAUUACUUUCAACGAGUACUAUGAGUUCUUAAAUUUUUGAUACUCUUAUUUUUUGACAUCCUGUAUUUUUAUCUCACCACGAACGAAAUGAAAUAGUAUAGAUUUAUUAUUAUUAGAAAUAAUAGCACACAAUUUAUAAUUUAAACCAAAUUAAAUCAUUCCACGUGCAUAUAUGUAAAGAUUCACAUCGUAGAUUUUCUUGGAAUUCUCUUUGAAAAUAUAAGAUUCACAAUUUAAGCUCAAUGCUAUUUUUUAAAAUUGUAAAAAGAUUUGCAAAGAUUUGCAAGAAUUUUAAAUACGUAAUAGAUAAUUUUUAAUAAUACGUAAAUAGAUAAGUUGAAUUUAAAAAUUGUAAAAAUUUACAAUUAAUAAGCAUUCUUAAUAAGAAAUUAAAUUUAAACUCAACAUUCAAAUUGUCGAAAAUUUUAAUUGAGACGCGAAUUGAGUCUACCAAGUUUCGAUUUUCAGUUGAAUUAACAUUUAAUAAUUAAGUAUGCGUAGCCAUUAUUCGAUCAUCGUUAAGGGGAUAAACUAAAUUACAACGUCUAGUGUAUCUUGUGCUCGUCGAUAAUCAAAAUUAAAAUUGCAUUAUAUUCUGCAACUAACUGUAACACAAUUUGCUGUCCGAGUUCCUAGACCGCACUAGAGCACAUUGUAAUUAAUUAAUAUACCGGUCAAAUUGCUAUGUGAUACUAUUUAUAUAAAUUGCAUUAAACAUACGAGACGCAAUAAAGUAUAAUAGCAUUUCCUAA